CUCGUUAGUAAAACGAGCGCAAGAUCGCGGCAGUGACACGAGUGCGGUGCGUACUAUCGGACGCAGUUCUGUGUCGUAAUAAAUUGUUCUUCAGAAUACCGGUUAUUCUAUUCAAUGAUUUGAUUCAACAAUGGAAUCUGUAAACAGUUUGAUACCUGAUGAUGCGCAAAAAACUUUAAUAUUCUUCGUAAAUGGCAAAAAGGUCAUUGAGGAAAACCCAGAUCCAGAAUGGACGUUACUCUUUUACCUUCGCAAGAAGCUUUUGCUUACUGGAACCAAAUAUGGAUGUGGAGAGGGUGGAUGCGGUGCCUGUACAGUCAUGAUCUCACAAUAUUCGAAAAUCAAAGAUAGCAUCAAGCACAUUGCGGUAAAUGCGUGCUUGACGCCAGUUUGUGCUAUGCAUGGUUUAGCAGUGACCACCGUUGAAGGUAUAGGUUCCACACAAGAACGGCUACACCCCGUGCAAGAAAGACUAGCGAAGGCUCAUGGGUCACAAUGUGGAUUCUGUACACCGGGCAUCGUAAUGUCAAUGUAUGCCCUUUUACGAAAUAAAACCAAAAUUGAAUAUAAAGACAUAGAAACCGCAUUGCAAGGAAACCUUUGCAGAUGUACUGGAUACAGACCUAUAAUUGAAGGCUUUAAAACAUUCAUAGAAGGCUGGGAAAAAAAUUAUAUUACCGAUGCAGAAAACGGUAAAUGCGGCAUGGGUGCAGAUUGUUGCCGAAAUAAGAAAGCUAAUGAUGAAAACAAUGAGUUAUUUAACAAGUCGUCUUUUAAACCGUAUGAUCCAACACAGGAGCCAAUUUUUCCGCCAGAGCUAAAGUUAAAUAAAAGUUAUUCGGAAGAAUUCUUAUUCUUCACUGGAGAAAACGUUACAUGGAUACGACCGAAAACUCUUCACGACUUGUCGAAGAUAAAAGCUAAUUAUCCGUUUUCUAAAAUAAUUGUGGGUAAUAGUGAAAUAGGCGUCGAAGUCAAGUUUAAGAAAAAAGUGUAUCCAGUAUUGCUAUAUCCAUCAAUAAUAACAGAAAUGAACUUUUGUAAAGUAACAACUGACGGAAUACUGAUAGGGGCUACCGUUACAUUGAAUGAAUUAUCGCACUUCCUUCAAGAACAAGUCACAGCUAAUCCUACAAAAUCAAAAAUAUUUAGAGCCAUUAAUGAUAUGUUACAUUGGUUUGCUGGUGAUCAAAUCCGGAAUGUAGCGUCAAUCGUAGGAAAUAUUGUAACAGCUAGUCCGAUAUCGGAUUUAAACCCAAUUUUAAUGGCAUGUGGAGCUAAAUUGAAUGUUCAUAGUAAAAGCAGGGGGACAAGAAAAUUAAUUAUUGAUGAAGACUUCUUUAAAGGAUAUCGAAAAACAGCCCUUGGCGACGAUGAAACCGUUGUGUCUGUCGAAAUUCCGUUCACCGUUGAACCACAAUACUUCAAAGCGUAUAAACAAGCUCGACGAAAAGAUGACGAUAUAUCUAUUGUAACUGCCGCCUUUAAUGUAAAAGUAGAACAACUAACUGGAUUUAUUUCAGAAGCAACUUUAUGCUUUGGCGGCAUGGGGCCAACUACCAUUUGCGCUAAAGCAACUUCUGAAAACAUGAUCGGACAGCGAUGGGAUCAAACAAUGCUACAGGCUGCAUUUGAAUCCUUAACUAAUGAAUUGGUAUUGGAUGUCUCGGUUCCAGGAGGAAUGGCUGAUUACCGUAAAUCACUUUGUCUAAGUUUCUUUUUUAGAUUUUAUUUACAUGUUUUACAAAGUGAAGGGAAAUAUGGAGUAAAAUCCGUAAGCAGCGAAGACUUUAGCGGUGUCGAUGAAAUAUUAAUAUUAGAGCCACAUAGCACACAGUGCUUUGAAGUAACAAAUAAAAACAAAAUUACAUCAGACGCUGUCGGGAGGCCAAUAACACAUACUUCAGCUCUGAAACAAGCCACUGGAGAGGCUUUAUAUUGUGAUGAUAUUCCCCCCAUAGCGGGCGAAUUGUAUUUAAAGCUGUUAUUCAGUAGAGAAGCACAUGCCAAAAUUAAAUCUAUAGACGCAAGUAAGGCUUUAUUAAUACCAGGUGUAAAAGCAUUCUUAUCAGCUGAAGAUAUAGCUGAAGAUUGUAACAAAGUGGGCCCUAUAAUAAAGGACGAAGAAAUAUUUUCACGAGAUACAGUUACUAGUCGUGCUUGUGUGUUAGGUGCAAUUGUAGCUACUUCUGAUAGCAUAGCCAGGAAAGGAGUAGAUUCUAUUGUUGUGGAAUAUGAGAGUUUAGAACCUGUUAUUGUUACGUUAGAAGAUGCAAUAUCACAAAGUUCAUAUUUCACUGGAUAUCCGCGUGUUCUUCGCAAAGGCGAUGCUAAUGAAGCAGUUUCAAAAGCAAGCAAUGUGAUAGAAGGAUAUGUAAGAAAUGGGGCACAAGAACAUUUUUAUCUUGAAACUAUAUCUGCUUACGCUGUUAGGAAAGAAGAUGAGCUUGAAAUUGUAGCUACGUCACAAAAUCCGGAAGAAAUAGCACACGUUGCUUCUGCGGCCCUUCAAAUACCCAACCACAAAGUUGUCGCUAAAGUUAAGAGAGUUGGAGGGGGUUUCGGGGGUAAAGAAACAAAAGCAAAUUUCUUGGCUAUUCCCGUAGCGAUAGCUGCAUACAAACUUAAGAAACCCGUUAGAGCUGUAUUGGACAGAGAUGAAGACAUGCAGGUUUCCGGUUACAGACACCCUUGUUUGAUCAAAUAUAAAGUGGCAUUUGCAGCAGACGGAAAAAUUACUGGAGCAAAAUUUGAAAUUUAUGUCAAUGCAGGUUACUCCCUAGAUAUCUCUUGUGCGAUGAUAGAAAGAACAAUGAUGCAUGUCGACAAUUGUUAUUUUAUACCAAACGUCGAAAUAUUUGGAUAUCUUUGCAAAACCAACAUGCCCUCGAACACUGCAUUCAGAGGUUUCGGGGCUCCAAAGGGAAUGUUGGUUGCAGAAACAAUUAUGCGACAUAUUGCUACCACAUUAGGGAAAAGCUAUGAGCAGAUUAUCGAAACAAACCUUUAUCAAGAAGGUUCAUUGACGCAUUAUAAUCAGACGUUAACAUAUUGUACACUAUCAAGAUGCUGGAAUGAGUGUAUAGAAAAUUCUAAUUAUUGGGAGAGAAAGAAAGAUAUUGAGGAAUUUAAUAGGCAAAACAGAUGGAAAAAGAAGGGCAUAAGCUUAGUUCCAACGAAAUAUGGAAUUUCGUUCCAAGUCGAUGUUCUAAUGCAAGCAGGAGCACUUCUGCAUGUGUAUAAAGAUGGGUCAGUUCUGCUCUCUAUCGGCGGUAUAGAAAUGGGCCAAGGAUUAUUUACUAAAAUGAUACAAGUCGCAUCAAGGGCUCUAGAAAUAGAUUACACAAAAAUCCAUAUAAGUGACAUGUCUACAGACAAAGUUCCUAAUAGUUCGCCGACUGCAGGUAGCAUAAGUUCUGAUUUAUACGGAAUGGCUGUUGUUGAAGCGUGUAAAGUAUUGAAAGAUCGAUUGGAGCCAUUUAAAGCUAAAAAUCCUGCGGGAAAAUGGGAAGACUGGAUUAUAGAAGCUUACGUUAAUAGAGUACAAUUAUCCGCCACAGGAUUUUAUGCAGCUCCAAAAAUUGAGUAUAAUGCUGAUACCAAUUCUGGAAAUCUUUUCGAAUAUUUUACGUUCGGUGUUGCUUGCUCUGAGGUUAUCAUAGAUUGCUUGACUGGAGAUCAUCAGGUUCUACAAACGGAUAUAGUGAUGGAUGUCGGGGAAAGUUUGAAUCCUGCAAUAGACAUAGGACAAAUAGAAGGGGCUUUUAUGCAGGGUUACGGUUUCUAUACUUUGGAAGAAAUGGUAUUUUCACCAAAUGGAGAAGUACUAUCUCGUGGGCCUGGAGCUUAUAAGAUACCUGGAUUUUCCGAUAUACCGAAAGUUUUUAACGUAUCCUUAUUGAAGGGUGCCCCAAAUCCACGAGCAGUUUAUUCAUCAAAGGCUGUAGGAGAACCGCCUCUGUUUCUCGCUGCAUCAGUAUUUUUCGCAAUAAAAGAAGCAAUCAAGUCAGCCCGUUUAGACAGCGGAGUAUCUCCGGAAUUCGAACUGGAUACACCGGCAACAUGCGGACGUAUCAGGAUGGCUUGUGAAGAUCUGAUUACCAAAAAGGUAACACCAACGAUUAAAGGCAACGGGAAGCCAUGGAAUAUUGUAGCUUGAUAAAUAAAUAAAUAAUAAGCAAAAUUGUUUUGCAAAUUAGUACCUAAUUGGUAUCACAUUGAAGUACCUACAUGAACGGUAACUUGAGACUUCAUGAUGAAUGAUUUAUUUAUCAGUAAGCAUUUUUUAAAUAUGUUAACAAUGUUAAAACAAGUUGUUAGUUUAUUUUUUACGUAUGGUGUAAAUUACCAUUUUAUUAUCGCCUUAUCUGUUGUAUACAUAGACAACUUUUAUCUCUAGUAGGUAAACAUUUGUAUGUAUAAGUUAUUCUUUUGUAAGUGAAAUACAU